GUGAAGAACGCUAUCCACCAGUCACAGACCCGUCGUGAAGGCCUUCGUGUGGCGGUAUCGCAUCUCGGCGGCAAGUCUAACCUGGCCGAUGCUCCCUCAAGGUGCCAGCCGAAGUCUUUGUUCAUUGACUCCGACGCCCUCUUCUGCCACAUCCGAGCCUUCCACGAUGACCUUCUGCGAUGCAACGACGGUGAUCUACAAGCCAGUCCUAUGAUUUUCCGCCUUGACCCAGAGUAUGUUCCUACUGCUCUCCCCACGCGUUGGUCCAAGAAGGAGUCUUCAAAACCCAAGGUUACAUUGGCGUCACUUAGUACAGCGAGGACCCCUAGUCCCGCUAGUGAAAGUAAGAAGACUGACCAGGAGGCCUUCACAGUGGACGACGACUCGCUUCAUCUUCUUGAGCGACUGUUCCGCUUCAAGCUCCUCGUCAAGGCGUGGCAUGCCUUAAGGACGGAGCUGCUACCAGGCACUCCAGCUCCCGGCACAAGCACGGUCGCCGAUCCCUUGCGUCUGCUUAUACGUCAUCAACAACGCCUCCAUUUGAAGGCCUUCCACAAGUCGCCCUUUCACUUCAAGACUGAUGAAGGCCUUAUCUAUCGGUCGACACGUCAAGCGGGUGAUGGCACUAUCUUCAACCAGUUGGUCAUACCGAAGCAGUCUACUCUUCUUCAACGACUGCUGGUUGUCAAGUGUCACGGAUGGCAUCAUGCCUGCACCCGCAUGAAGCGCACU